GCCCGGCGAGCCUAGGACUCCAUCCCCCGCCAGCCCCCGCGGCUUAAGCCGUUUGCCUCUUCCUGUUUCGGGGACAAGUCGCCCGACGGCCGCCAACUGCGAGGUCUGCGAAGGGGUCUUUGCCUCCUGAUCGGGUUUUCCGAGGUAGAAGGAUUUGGCCUGCUGAGGACUAACUUCCUCAGUGCCUAGAAUCUAUCUGAGAAAAAUGGCAAAUGUGGAUAGUGAUUCUAGGCAUCUUAUCCCUGAGGUAGAAAAUGAAGUAAGUCCUGGACCUAUGAAUAUCCAGUUUGAUUCUUCAGAUCUAAGAUCUAAGAGGCCUUUCUAUAUAGAGCCUACAAACAUCGUCAAUGUGAAUGAUGUCAUUCAGAGGGUUAGUGACCAUGCCUCUGCUAUGAACAAGCGGAUUCAUUACUACAGCCGGCUCACCACUCCUGCAGACAAGGCACUGAUUGCUCCAGACCAUGUAGUUCCAGCCCCAGAGGAAUGCUAUGUGUAUAGUCCACUGGGCUCUGCCUAUAAACUCCAGAGUUACACCGAAGGCUACGGUAAAAAUACCAGCUUGGUAACUAUCUUCAUGAUCUGGAAUACCAUGAUGGGGACGUCCAUACUGAGUAUUCCUUGGGGCAUAAAACAGGCUGGAUUUACUACUGGAAUGUGUGCCACCGUGCUGAUGGGCCUUUUGACACUUUAUUGCUGCUACAGAGUGGUGAAGUCACGGAGUUUGAUAUGCACAUCGGACACAACUACCUGGGAAUAUCCAGAUGUCUGCAAACAUUAUUUUGGCUCCUUUGGACAAUGGUCAAGUCUCCUUUUCUCCUUGGUGUCUCUCAUUGGAGCAAUGAUAGUUUAUUGGGUGCUUAUGUCUAAUUUUCUUUUUAAUACUGGAAAGUUUAUUUUUAAUUUUAUUCAUCACAUUAAUGAUACAGACACUAUACUGCGCACUAAUAAUAGCAACCCUGUGAUUUGUCCCAGCGCUGGGAGUGGCAGCCACCCUAACAACGGCUCCAUGAUUCUCUCCAACGACACAGAGGUCCAGCAGUUUGAGAAGUGGUGGAGUAAGUCCAAGACGGUGCCCUUGUACCUGAUAGGGCUCCUCUUGCCCCUGCUCAACUUCAAAUCGCCGUCGUUUUUUUCCAAAUUUAAUAUCCUAGGUACAGUGUCCGUCCUCUAUCUGAUUUUCCUUGUUACCUUGAAGGCUAUUCGCUUAGGAUUCCAUCUGGAAUUUCACUGGUUUGUGCCAACAGAAUUUUUUGUACCAGAGAUAAGAUUUGAGUUUCCACAGCUGACUGGAGUGCUUACUCUUGCUUUCUUUAUUCACAAUUGUAUUAUCACACUCUUGAAAAACAACAAGAACCAAGAAAAUAACGUGAGAGAUCUGUGCAUUGCUUAUAUGCUGGUGACACUGACUUAUCUCUAUAUUGGCUUCCUGGUCUUUGCCUCAUUUCCUUCACCUCCAUUAUCCAAAGAUUGUAUUGAGCAGAACUUCUUAGACAACUUCCCUAGUGGGGACAUCUUGUCCUUCAUUGCAAGGAUCUUCCUGCUGUUCCAGAUGAUGACUGUCUACCCACUCUUAGGCUACUUGGCUCGUGUUCAGCUCUUGGGCCAAAUCUUCGGUGACAUUUAUCCUAGCAUUUUCCAUGUGCUGAUUCUUAAUUUAGUUAUUGUGGGAGCUGGAGUGACCAUGGCCUGUUUCUACCCAAACAUAGGAGGGAUCAUAAGGUACUCAGGAGCAGCGUGCGGCCUGGCUUUCGUGUUCAUAUACCCUUCUCUCAUCUAUAUAAUUUCCCUCCACCAAGAAGAGCGUCUGACAUGGCCUAAAUUAGUCUUUCACGUUUUCAUCAUCAUUUUGGGCCUGGCGAACCUGAUUGCUCAGUUUUUCAUGUGAAAACUGCCCUCUCGAGAUUCCUCCUGGUAUCUGAACCUUGGCAACGGUUCUGCAUAAAGAACUUGAAAAUGCUGUCAUUGCUGUAAUUCUAAGUGUUUUCCCGAGAUAACCGAGAGCAAGGGGAAGGAUGGUCUGCCGAUAACUCUUUUUGUAGUGGAGCGGGGAGGGAGCGGUGUGGAUAGCAGGAGCCCUCUACCUUUCUCAGUGACCCCCGUUCCCACACAUCCUAGUAGAAAUACAGAAGGAGCCAUACUGACUUUUCUGUUGAUAAGUAGAAGGUAGGUAGGUGUGCUUUGCCUACAGCACGGAAUCUCAGGGGUCCUGGGGCGGGGCGGCCUGUGGCCAGACCCUGGCUCUGCCUCAAUGUGUCUCUUCUGCUUUCUCACUUGCUGAACCUUUUCUACAGUUUACUCAAACCUCUGCUGUUUCAAACAGUAAAACAAAUACCUCAUUUUAAAAGAAGUUUCCAUGGCAUCAUUAUUAAUUGACUGAAUUCCUAACUAAAUACUUAAUCUGAAAAAGUUUUAAACAGUAUCCGUCCACCAGAAAAUGCAUGCGAAAUGAGGCCAGAGGGGUAGUUGGUACGUGUCGGUGAGCACUCAGAUGGUGGAGGUAAGAGGAUCCCGGGUUUAGGUCAUUCUCAGUUUCGUGGCCAGUUUGGAACCAGUGUGACUAUCUAUAUACAGCCUUGUCUCAAGACAUCAAAAGAAAAUACGUGUCAGAUAAACUUGGGCACAGUUUGUUGCUGUCUGUCUCUUAAUUCUAACCCAGUUCCCGGGACCUAGAUUGAGGUUACAGUUCCCAAGCCAGGUCUUGCACAUAACAAAAGCAGUUGUCCUCAUAGACCGAGGGAGAAAGCGUGAGCAGAGAAGGCAGUGUAUGAGGCUCUGCAGAAGAGAAAGGGCCUGGCUAGGAAGGGUGGGACUGUGCUCAGUGUAUCCCGAGUCUCUCUGGUUCAGAUCUGACCCCCAGGAGCAGAUACCAUCUACCUGCUCCUAUAACGAACGAAAAGUUAGGCCUCCCCAAGAAAACCUUGGGUCUGACAAGAAGAUUGAGAAAGCCAGGUUCUUAGAGUUAACAUCCCAUUUCCCUUCUGAACUAAAAGCUGAACCAGAAUCCAGAUGUCUGUCUUCCAUGUAACACGGUCUGUGUUCCACCCACAACUACUAACAUUUAGAGCUCUUUAAUUUGGGGCUAAAUUGUUUAAAAUGCAUCCUGAUUUCACUUCCCAGGACAGUGUGCAGAUUUGUGUCAUGUCCUUCCUUUGAGAAAAAGAAGACAAAAAAAAGGUGAAAUGGUUUUUAUAAAUCUAGUGAGGAGCUCCAGAUUUAAGACCAGCUUUAAUUUCUAUCAGCAUAGUUUAACAUCCUGUUGGAGUUACAGGUCUGUUUCUAAGAAGCUGUCAUUCCUAACACUUUAAAGUCUCAUUACGAGAACUGUCGAGCACAUACACAAAUAGAAUAAUAUGGAAAACUCCUAUACACCCAUCCCCGAGUCUAGUAAUUGCAGACUUAGCUGAAUUUGCUUUACCUGCUCUCUCCUGCCUUUUUCUUUUCUACUGACAUAUUUAAAAACCAAUCUCAGACAUUAUGUCAUUUCAUUUCUACGAAUCUUAAUAUCCAGCUAAUAGUCGGAACUUUGAACCUAGUCACAUUCAUCAUGGAGCUGGUCUCAAAAGCUCUGGCUAGCAGAAAUGGCCGUAGAAGUCAUGUUGCAGGGGUAAAUGCCUUUGUGCUCAGGGGAACUCUGGAACCUCAGACGGAGAGUCAUGUUCUGUAAAGAGGCAUUUGCUUCAAAGCUGGGUGCUUUCAGGGCUGUUCCUGACUUAAUUCUCUGUGUGUUCGUAGUAGUUUCUUUUGUCUUUGAGAACUUUAGAAACAGUUUUCAUUGCUUUCCCCCAAAGGCAUUGCUGAAUGUUUUAACUCGUCAGAGAUGUGUUAUGCUUUAAUAAUCAAAGAUGAUUGGGUAUGUGUUUUUGCCUAUAAAAGGAAUAUGGCAAGGGAUGCUACUCUCCGAACAAAAAGUAUGGAUUUAUGCUUUUGUUUUCUUAAAGAGAUUUGAUCAUUUAGACCUCCUGAUGCCCUGUAGACAGCUCCUUAGUCUCUUCAUGAGACUCUUUUGCCUGUCACUUGGCUUAGUCAGAUUCUACAUGAGUGUGAGUGUCCUGGCUUAUGAGCGUGACUCGAUAGGAACACACGCGCAGUUAAUCUGACUUUCUCUCCGCUCUCAUCUCUUUGAACUUUCUAAUUAAACUGCUUUCACUUUUUGCUCUGAUGUGGUUAGCCUUUGAAUUUAACUUCUUUAACCCCCAGCCAAGGAUACUAAAAUUUUAAAGAAGUUGUUUAGAGAGAUCUCCCUUAGAAAUAAAUCCUAUGGAUCUAUUUGGGCUAUGCUAAUAUUAAACCAGAAAGGGAAAAAUGGAGAUAAGUUGUAUACCUAUGGGUGAUCAUGCCAAGUCACUGCCGUUGGCAUAUUCCAAAAGUGUGCUUGGAAUAGGACUAAAUGUGCCACUGAAAGAGACUGUCUGAAGGGAAAUACUGCAUUUACAUUAAAUGUGUCAUAGAAAUGUCUGCAGCUACUGGCUGCAGCAGAGGGCCUGUUUUCUGCUUCUACUUGAAACUUACCAAGAAAACGUUUGUGUGCUUUUAAUUAUCAUAUCCAUAAUUGUUCUGUGUAAAUAACUGAAUAGUCAACAAUGUGCAUUACUUUGGAGAAGCUUAAAGACGUGUAAGACAGUGUGCCCGUCCUAAAGGGACUUUGAUCUAGUGAAGAAACAGUGUAUUCAUUGGCACACAGGGCAGUGUUGGGGACUGUUGGAACAGUGUGGCAUUCUGGGGAGGGACGGCAGAUGAAGAGGAACUGUCCAGAGGCACAGGACCAUUUUCAAUUGGUCCUCUCCUACUUUCCAGCAUUAUGUUCACUGCACUCACCAACAACUACAAUGAUAUGUUACAUGCAUUUCCUUUUAUUGGGGCAGGUUUCCUCUUAAACAUAUUUUGUAACAUUCAAUUGCUUCUUUAUGCUAUUAUUUCCUCUUCCUUAUUAUCAUUGAAGUAUUUAACUCCUAUAGCUCUUGGACAGAAAGCAUAAUUGAUUAAUAUGAGAUGUAACUAGUCAUACACUGGGUGCUAUAAACAGAUUCUAUAAACUUUUCAAAUUUUUAAUUUCUUUAAAUAUGAAUAUUCAAAAUGUCAAAUGUUUACAUUCAUUGAUGUACAAGUGUUUCGCUUUGUUUCUGUUACCAUGAUAAAAUACUAUGACCAAAAGCAGGAGUCUAUUUUGGCUUACGGUACCAAAGAGGAGAGUCCAUAAUGGCCAGGAAGGCAUUCGAGCAGGGCUGGCAAAUUACAUUUCACCUGCACACAGGGAAGCAAGAGGGCAAACACUGAGUGUGGAGAGGUGUAAACUCACAGCCCACCCGCUGUGGCACACCUUCUCCAGCCGUGCUUCAUUUCCUGAAAGUUCCAGGACCUCCCCAAACAAUGGCUCCCCAGACUAGUUGAGGGCCAAGUGCUCAGACUCAUAAGCCCGUGGGGAGACUUCUCACUGAAACCCCCACCAUUGAUAAUAGCGGAGACUAUCAUGCUGUGUUUUUCCUUACCCAGUAUUGACAUGUUGCUUUUUAGAAGUUGGUGGUGAUUUGGGUUUUGUGUUUAACUUGACUUCCCACCAACUUGAAUGUCCCAAAACAAAUCCAAGUCUAGUUGGUGCCUAACAAGAGUGUGUCACUAGUCUGUGAUACAAAGUGAAAUGAAUCCCUGAUUUCACACACACUGACCCGGGUGGCCCACUUUCGCAGUCGGCCGCCAACUUCACUUAAGAUUGUAUAAACACAUAUUGUAAAACAGCUCUGAAUGGAACCUCAGAAUCCAAACAGUAUUCUCUGAUAUAUGAUUUGUCUUUUUAUAGAAAAAAAAAGAAAUUAAAUCAAAAUUAUUUUGAAGACAAGUAUCUCUGGGAUUUUGUUUAGUAGAAUUUGGCUAGGAAAUACUAUCGCCUCCUAACACUGGCCACAGGCAGAAGCAGCUAGGUUCCACAUUUCUCAAGUGAUUGUGCCUGUCUCAUGUCACAAGUUUUCCUUAAAGUCCUGAUUUUCUAGGAAGGCAUACAUCACAUUAACUGAAAUCUAAGGUGACCUUCCCCGUAAACUAUGGCUCUUUAGGUAAGUGUUGCCCAGUUUCUGGCCUAAAGCUCUGGAAAAGUCAUACUUUCCAAAACCUUUUAAGCUAAUAAAGGACCCUGAUUUUCUGGCUUCUUUAAGUAAAAUUACUUUUUGCCCCCGUCAAAUAUUAUUAUUUUUUCUUGAUUUCCUAAUUCUUUGAAAAGUUAAGACUGUUUUAAAAAUUUAAAAAUGCCACUCUGUUUAUCUCAGACUGUGCCUCAUAGUCUAGUCCCAGAGUAGGAAUGUGGAGGUUCCACUCUGACAUUCCCCUCUGACUCUCAAUCCCAAACAGUCCAGUAAUGUUUAGUCAUAGCAGGCCUCGGGAUGCACUUGUUCAAUUAGUCAAGAUUCCACUUAAAUGGAAAGUCAUAUUAGAUGCUAUUAUCUAGGGUUUUCUUACAUACUUCUCCCCCAAAAUAAUGCAAGGACUGGAGGUGCAGCUUAGUGGUACAACAUUUGCCUAGCAAGCAUGAGGUCCUGGGUUUGAUCCCAGCAUUACAAAAAGAAAAAAAAAAAAAAAAUUGGGUCAGUCAGUAUCCAGAUUAAUCAUUCAAUACUUAAGUACUUACUGAAUACCUGACCUUGUGUUAAGCACUGAGCAUACAGUGGUGAACUGGCAAGGUGUGGCCUGGCAGUUCGGCAUCCUUUGUCCACCCUUCUGACCCAGCAACUGAAUCACCUUCCUUAGGUGCCAGGAAGUGGCCGGCUUCUGCCCUCUUGGUGCUCUGUCUCUGUGGAGUGCUGUGGCAUGUAAUGUGAGGAGCUGGGUGAAGAAGCCAAUGGGAUUAGUGAGUUGUGUCCUUCUGCGUAAAACGCUCCCCCAUCCCAUGUUAAUUAUAGCACUUAAAUUAUCUGCACAAAACCAGAAGGUCCCGUAGAAGAACAAAUGACCUGUUGAGGGGAUGGAGUUCUGGGUGAGUCACUUCCCAUGUUGCUUUAUUAUUUGUAUAACAAAUUUUCCCUUAAGCAAUGUCUAAGAUAAAUCAUGGCAAUGGUUUGUAGAAAUAUGUGUACACGCUGCUACAAUGGAAGGUGCCUGCCUACUAUGAAUCUUUAAUAUAGAUAAGAUAGAUACCUUUUAAUAUAUUAUUAUUAUCAUUAUUAUUAUUAUUAUUUAGACUCUUGUA